AUGUCUAGAGUAGGAAAUUUGUCCAACCCGAGAAAAUCGGAUUAUGUAGAUGAGAAGAAAGGGUCUACAGCACACAGUAGCAUCGGAACCCUGGAGAGCAGGAAGGACACGAUCAACAGUGGUUCUCUCACUGUGUGCUAUUACUCCUUUCGUCACCUGCAAGAGAUGGUGCAGGUUCUAGGGGGUCUGCUGUGGGUCUCAGUUACAGCUGCCACAUUUGUGACCCGAUCUCUGCCGCCAUCAUUUCCAUCAGCAGAGAGAAAAGAUUAUCACUAUCAGUCUUACAUCAAGACAGGUGGUUAUGAAGAUGUGCUAUGGCCACGGAAGGAUGCAGCUUCUCUUCGCUGUAAUCUCAUCGUCUUUAUGGAUGGAGAGUCUUCUUCAUCAGUUCUUCAUCAGUUGAUGUGGUCUAGAGGUGAAGGAAGUGUCAGAACUGCUGUGUUUGAGGUGAUCAACAAAAUGGGCGCGAACCAUACUCAUUCUCUUAUACCUUGGGUGGCUCAUGCCCGUCAGUUGAGAGCGUCGUCCUGGUGCCUGACGAUUGCAGUAGUGAGCGACGACCAAGCCUUCCUCACUGCCUUCGCUGAAGUAUCUGACAAAGCUCGCCUGAUAGUGUGGGAGACGAGGCUAUUAGUGGUAACCAAGCUAGCCAUCCCAAGGCUUCGAAGUCUGCUGCGAGAUUACUGGGAUUUCUCUAUGAUGAACACCCAGUUCCUUAAACCGAACGAUAUCAGCAAAAAGGGAUGGAAGGCCUUUGUGUACCUGCCCUACAGCCAAGAUGGAGGCCAAGUGGUUCGUGUCGCCAGCUGGAAGCAAGACUACGGCCUAGUUCUUGCAAAUGGUUAUACUCUUUUCCCUGAUAAAUACAAAAAUUUCUAUGGGAAGGCGGUUAAUAUGACCGUGUUUCCAUUUCCACCUUAUUGGAUGGACGUUACAUCGGGGGAUGACGCCAAGGAGUCCAGAAUAACAGGGAGGGAUUACAUAAUCCUGGAGACAAUAGCACAGAAACUCAACUUCUCUAUCAAUGUUCUUCCUUAUGGAGAAUGGGAUGAGGUUAUGAUGCGCCUUGAAGUACGCACGGCUCUCAUGUCGCCAAUCAAGCUAGCUAUACUUCCGAACCUUUUGAAGAAAUAUGACUUCUCGUUCUUCAUCGAGCCGGCCACAUUAGGAUUCAGCAUGGGGAAGCCUACACUUAAGCCCAAUUGGCAGAGUCUUUAUUACCCACUGCAGACUGAGGUCUGGGGCUCCAUCUUGGCUGCUGUUCUGCUUGUAUUCGGUGCUCUUCUCUUGAUGGUGAAACACAGCGGUGACAGUGAAAAGUACCAGGUGUGGCCCGUGGUGAAACAGGUGGUGGGAACUCUCCUCGACGAAACGAUUUCUGGGAAAUUGCCACAGAGGAACUCGACGCGGGUGGUGUUAACGGCGUGGAUGAUUUUUUCCUUCAUCGUGGGAACUGUGUACCGCAGUAACCUGACAGCCUGUCUCACUGUGCCAAAGUAUCCACCCCGCGCUGAAACACUUAAGCAACUGGUUGAAUCUGAGGCCAUAGUCACUACGCCACCGGAUAUGGUUGACUUCGUUAACAAUUUCAAGAAUUCAGGGUCAAAACUUUUCAAAACAGUGGCUGACAGAACAAAAUUUGUUCCUUCCUUCGAAAUUGGUAUGAGGGAAGCUAUAGAUAGCAAGAAAGCUUACCUGUACGAACGGCUGAAUAUGAAAUUGCUGAUCGCUGAGCACUUCACCGGAAAGGGAGGAUCAACACCCCUGUACGUGGCGCGGCAGAACAUCCUACCCGGUUAUUGUGGCUGGCCGCUUGCUCCGAACACACCCUUUAAGACCAACCUCAACGAGCACAUUUUGGCUUUUCACGAGGCUGGCCUGAUUCAAAGAUGGACAACAGAGGUUUUGGAAAGAGCACAGUUCGACAGUCAGCGGCGCCAGAACAGAGCAGCAAAGGAAAACAACAUUCCUGAAGAGGAGGAAGUUAUUGCUGGUGCUCAUGUUACCAUGGCUCUUACUCUGGUCCACAUGCAAGGUCCUCUUUUCCUCUUUCUUAUAGGCGCAUGUCUUUCUCUUGCUGUUUUUCUCGGCGAGAUCAGUGUCUCCUUUUGUCAUCUUGAUCGCGGCACCAUUUGGCUCUACUAAUCUCCAGCUCUUCCCACCAUGCCCACUGAGAUGUUAUUCUAACAUCCAUUGUUACGAAAUAAAAGUGACGUUUUCAAAGUCUGCCAUAGAACUGAUCAUAGCUAAUGGGAAACACUUAAAUGUUCAAGGAAAUUCUAUUAAACAGAUAAUCAAUGUAUACUAAUAAUCUACAUGGAUAAUUACAUAGUGUUAAGAUUGGUCUUUCGCAAUGGGAUAUUAUAUUGUCAAUUUGUCUUUAUUUUAUUUUUUUUUCGUCAGUUAACUGCUAAUCGCGAGAGGCUGUACGUUGUUUACUGGUGAAAAUCACCGAAUUCAUACCAUGCAUAAAAUAAUAGAAAAAAAAAUAACCAACUUUACUUCAUUUUCCUAGUUUUGCUUCUCAUGGUUUUAAUUAUAAUGAAACAAAA